CUCUUUGUCUUCUUCACUGUCGCAUUGGGUCUUCCCUCUUACACGCCAUGAAAAUCACGCACACAUUGUGAUCCUGAAUCAAUCUCACUCUCUAGAACCUUCCGAUUCAUGGCUACGUCUUCUCCUCUCCCCUUACCCGAGCUCCACUUUCUCUCUCCACAAAUCACCCCCAAACGCCGUAUCUCACUCUCCAAACUUCCUUCCUCACCUUAUUCCAUUUCCCGCCACAACGCUUCUCUUCGCACUGCGCGAGUUCGCGCAAUUAGAGAGGAACCUGCGUUGGCCGAGCGAGUCAACGACGUCGAAUGGAGCGGAAACGGCGCUGCUGCGGAGUACGUUAACGGCGCCACUAACGGAAGCUUGGUGAAGUACGGUUACGAAAACGGAAGCGCAAAUGGCGUUGCCGCGAAGGUGGUGGAAGUUGAAGCCUCCACGAUGAGCGAGGAUGGGAGGAAGAAAAGGUUGGAGGAGAUUGGGAAAGAAGACGCGUGGUUUAAACAGACUGGGAAUGGACAAGUUGAGGUAGCAGUUGCUCCUGGGGGUCGUUGGAACAGGUUCAAGACUUACUCCACACUACAAAGAACCUUUGAAAUAUGGGGUUUUUUUGCCACGUUUAUCUUUAAGGCUUGGCUGAACAACCAGAAGUUCUCUUAUAAAGGAGGAAUGACUGAGGAAAAAAUAACCUUAAGGCGAAAGGCCCUUGCCAAGUGGCUGAAGGAAAGCAUUCUGAGAUUAGGUCCUACAUUCAUCAAAAUUGGCCAGCAGUUCUCCACUAGGGUGGACAUUCUUCCUCAAGAAUAUGUUGACCAGUUGUCUGAACUUCAGGAUCAAGUUCCUCCAUUUCCCUCAGAGACCUCUGUAGCUAUUGUUGAAGAAGAGCUUGGAGCUCCUUUACGUGACAUCUUUGAUCAGUUUGAUUAUGAACCAAUAGCUGCUGCAAGUCUUGGUCAGGUUCAUCGUGCUAGAUUAAAGGGACAAGAGGUUGUUAUUAAAGUGCAAAGGCCUGGUCUCAAGGAUCUUUUUGAUAUUGAUCUUAAAAACCUGAGGGUUAUUGCUGAAUAUCUACAAAAAUUUGAUCCAAAAUCAGAUGGUGCAAAGAGGGAUUGGGUUGCUAUUUAUGAUGAAUGUGCCUCUGUCUUAUAUCAGGAGAUUGAUUACACCAAGGAGGCCACCAAUGCAGAAUUGUUUGCAAGUAACUUUAAGAACAUGGAUUAUGUGAAAGUUCCUAUAAUCUACUGGGAUUAUACCACACCACAGAUUCUUACAAUGGAGUAUGUUCCAGGGAUUAAAAUAAACAAAAUACAAGCUUUAGAUGAACUGGGUGUUGACCGCAAAAGGUUAGGGAGAUAUGCUGUUGAGUCAUACUUGGAACAAAUUUUAUCACAUGGUUUCUUCCAUGCUGACCCUCAUCCUGGAAACAUUGCAGUUGAUGAUGUCAAUGGUGGAAGAUUGAUCUUCUAUGAUUUUGGAAUGAUGGGGAGUAUCAGUCCAAACAUUCGAGAAGGUUUGCUUGAAGCAUUUUAUGGAGUUUAUGAGAAAAACCCAGACAAGGUCCUACAAGCAAUGAUUCAAAUGGGAGUUCUUGUCCCCACUGGAGAUAUGACUGCAGUUAGAAGAACAGCACAAUUCUUCCUUAACAGUUUUGAAGAGCGCCUGGCUGCUCAAAGGCGAGAGAGAGAGGAAGCAACAACUGAACUUGGAUUUAAAAAACCAUUAAGCAAGGAGGAAAAAAUAAAGAAGAAGAAACAACGCCUGGCUGCUAUUGGUGAAGAUUUAUUAUCUAUUGCUGGUGACCAGCCCUUCCGAUUUCCUGCUACAUUCACAUUUGUUGUUAGAGCCUUCUCAGUGUUGGAUGGCAUUGGAAAGGGGCUCGACCCACGUUUUGACAUUACCGAGAUUGCCAAACCUUAUGCCUUGGAGUUGCUAAGGUUUCGUGAAGCUGGGGUUGAAGUUGUCCUAAAGGACUUCAGGAAGAGAUGGGAUAGACAAUCUCAAGCAUUUUACAACUUAUUCAGACAGGCUGAUAGGGUUGAUAAGCUUGCUGAUAUUAUCCAAAGACUGGAGCAAGGUGAUCUAAAGCUCCGAGUUCGAACAUUGGAAUCUGAAAGGGCAUUCCAACGUGUUGCUGCAGUCCAGAAGACUAUAGGGAAUGCAGUAGCUGCUGGGAGCCUAAUAAAUCUUGCAACAGUUUUGUAUCUCAAUUCAAUUCGUGUGCCUGCCAUUGCUGCUUAUAUCUUUUGUGUAAUCUUUGGUUUUCAAGUGCUCUUGGGCAUUGUAAAGGUCAAGAAGCUAGAUGAACGGGAACGAUUGAUAACAGGGACUGCAUAGGCCACUACAUGAUUUAAGACCGAGAAAUAGUACAUGUUAAGGUCAUGGUUACAAGUCAACCUCCAGAGCAUGAAAAGGAGUAUAUGACCUUGGGAGCUGAUAGAAAGCAAUACCCAACAUUAAGGAAAUCUACAUCAAGUACAAAAAUUCCAAUUAGCAAAUGAUGGGGGCUUUUUGUAUUCACCUGUUCCUGUUAUUAAGAAGAUUGUGCUCUGCGAUGGCCAAUUGGCAUGGAGCCACAUUUUUGUCACACCCUCCCCCUCAUAAAAUAAAUAUAUUCAAGUCAAUGCCGCAUAGUAACUUGUAUAGGCAUGAUGUAGAGUUUGUAUAUUAACAAAUACAUUCCACGCUUGUAUUGAACUGAAUUGCUGUCAAAAUUCUAGCUAGUUUUUUCUGACUAUGUAACACGACUCUUGUAAUUACUACUAUAUGGUAUGAUGCAGCUUCCAACAAAAAUUUGAAGGGGAAGCUUUGCCCGAAA